AUAACAUCUAAUUCAGAACUGUCCUCGAAAAUGAGUCAAAUUACAAGAAACUCUACCCGGAAGCAAUAGAUAUUUAUACUACAAGAUGCCACUGUCACUCCUCCGUCGCUCACUCUCUCAUCAUCACCACCACCAAUACUAUCUCAUCUCUUUUCCGCUCUUUCUCCACCGCUCAAUGGCUACCACAACCACCACUGCCACUGAGUCUGUCGGCCCAUCAAACACCCGCGUUGGCUGGAUUGGCACUGGCGUAAUGGGUCGUUCUAUGUGUUCUCACCUGAUCAAAGCCGGCUACACCCUCACCAUAUUCAAUCGUACCCUCUCUAAAGCCCAACCUCUCGUCGACAUGGGUGCAAAUCUAGCCGAUUCUCCACUUUCCGUUGCUUCUGCAUCCGACGUCGUUUUCUCAAUUGUCGGGUUUCCUUCAGAUGUUCGCCACGUGCUCCUCGACUCGACCACUGGAGCCCUCCAAGGUCUCCGUCCAGGUGGAGUUCUCAUAGACAUGACCACAUCUGAUCCUUCUCUCGCCGCCGAGAUUUCGGCUGCUGCAUCUGCUAAAAACUGCCACUCCAUUGACGCUCCCGUCUCCGGCGGAGAUCGCGGCGCAAAAAAUGGAACGCUUGCGAUAUUUGCCGGAGGGGAUAAAGCAGUUAUCGACAGGUUAAAUCCCAUUUUUGCCCUGAUGGGGAAAGUUAAUUACAUGGGUAGCCCUGGAAAAGGACAAUUUGCAAAGCUAGCAAAUCAGAUAACUAUAGCUUCUACAAUGGUUGGGUUAGUUGAAGGGAUUGUAUAUGCAUACAAAGCUGGGCUUAAUCUUGAAUUGUAUUUAAAUGCUAUUUCUACAGGUGCUGCUGGAUCUAAGUCUCUUGACUUAAAUGGUGCUAGAAUAUUGAAUAGGGAUUUUGAAGCUGGGUUUUAUGUCAAUCAUUUUGUUAAGGAUUUAGGGAUUUGUUUAAAGGAAUGUGAAAAAAUCGGAGUGGCUUUGCCUGGAUUGGCUUUGGCUCAACAGCUUUAUUUGUCCCUUAAGGCUCACGGUGAAGGCAAUUUGGGUACUCAAGCUCUUAUUUUGGCUCUCGAAAGGCUUAACAAUAUUUCUCUUCAAUAACUUGGCUUCUGCGAAUCUUGUGGCUCAGCCUGGUAAUUAUGAAUGUAUCACAUCUGAUAUAUGGAUUAUCAUUUCCAAUAAUGAACAUAGAGUUCUUUUGCAACUUGUUGCAGUGUUGUCAAAAAAGUUAGAUUCUAUCUUGUGUCUUCCUCUGCUUUUGUGCCUGUCUUAAGAAAUAGAAUUUGUUAUAAUAUACACAUAAAACAUGGCUUGGAGACAUGUUAUUGCUUGCUUAA